AUUCAAAACGAGCUUUAUUGCUUUCAGCUCGUCCUGCAGGCGCUAAUGCCCUUGUCAGUGAAGUUCGCUGUCAAGUUAGGGCAAAAACCUAUUGUAAAGUAGGGUUUUAUUUCACAGUUUUGUGCUUAAUAGCAUACUAUUGCUUUUAGGACCAUGGCUGCCAAGAUUUUGCCUGUAGUGAAGCUUGCAACAAAAGUGACCAUCGCAGGUGGCGCUAUAUAUGUCGCGUAUGAUUCAGGUCUUCUUGGAGAUGGCAAAGAGGGAUCUGUCACACUGGGUCGAGCUAAAGCUGCCAUCCCACCUGCUGUGGAGGAGUGGGUGAAGUACUUUGGCUUUGAGCUUCCUGCCACACCCAAAAUUGAGUUUUCACCACUGGAUGCAUGGAACUCAGGGGUCCAGAAGUCUAUCCAUGCCCUAUCGAUCGCCCCGUCUACAGUUAGUGACUACACCAAACAAGGCCUCCAAUAUGUUAAAGACCUCACAAAAUGAGCAUUUAGAACUUUAAAGUUAGUACAAGAUGCUCUUGAAAUAUUUCAGUGGAUGAUAAUACUAACACACUUGGAGAAACUUUUCCCUUGCAUUUAUAUCAUAGACUAAAUUCCAUUGUGGAACAAAAAAUUGAAUUAUUAUGAGGAUAGUGAUGGUGCAAACCAAAUUUUUUUUUUGGUAACAGAAAAAUACAGUUGUAAAGCAUUGAGAUGAAUCAAAAAUAUUUUGAAGAUCAUAACAGAAGUGUGUUCUAUAUGUAUAUUGUUAUUCAGCUCUUUUAUUUAUCUGAUAAAUCUCUUUCUGGAAAUGUUCUGUUUUGUCAUUGAUCUUCCCCUCGAUCCAUCCAAAAAUUCACCCUUUUUAUAUAGACACAAAAGGACUGCAACUGAGUUUUGUAUAGUUUAGAGUCCCAUGUAGCUCUGUCUAAUGUAAAAUAAAUCAUGUCAAAUAUUUGAUGAAGUCCUUCUGCGUGAAUGUGUUUGCUAACAACUACUAUUUGUUUAAAGCUUGUUAAGACUAGAUAACGCUUGGAGUCAGUCUAACCACAUGAAAGCUUUACUUAGUAACACUUUUCAGCUUUACCACAGAGCAGUGCUGUUUUCAUGUCAAGAUAGACCCCAAACACUUUUCUGCAUGUCUUGACUCAUUUUGAAAGUUUUGCAGUGGCCACGUGUCAUCUUACCAGAACAUGUUAAUUAAAGAACAUGUAUGUGCUUGGAAACA